UCAUGUGAGGGAGGAGAAGGUGAGGCGAGGCCUAUAAAGGGCGGCAGGAGGAGCGGCCAGCCUCACAUGUUGAUGCCGCUUCACCUGGGCGGACAGACCGAACCGAACCGACAUGGCUCUGAGCACACUGCUGGCCUCCUUCCUGUGCACUCUCGUGCUGCCCGUCCUGCUUUUCCUGGUGGCGGUCAAGCUGUGGGAGAUUUACAUGAUACGCGGCGGAGACCCGAGAUGCCCGAGCCCGCUGCCGCCCGGCUCCAUGGGCUUACCGUUCAUCGGAGAGACGCUGCAGCUCGUCCUGCAGAGGAGAAAGUUUUUGAGGAUGAAGCGAGAGAAGUACGGUUACAUCUACCGCACUCACCUCUUCGGGAACCCCACGGUGCGUGUGAGCGGAGCGGAGAACAUCAGGCACAUCCUGCUAGGGGAGCACAGGCUGGUGUCUGCACAGUGGCCCUCCUCCGUCCGCACCAUCCUGGGCAUGGACACGCUUUCCAACAUGCACGGCUCCCAGCACAAGACCAAGAAGAAAGCCAUCCUGAGAGCCUUCUCCAGGGAGGCGCUAGAGCUCUACAUUCCCGUCAUCCAGGAGGAAGUACAUACUGCAGUCAAAAGCUGGUUGGUCCAAGACCCCUGUGUGCUGGUGUAUCCUGAAAUGAAGCGGCUGAUGUUCCGCAUAGCCAUGAGGAUUCUGCUGGGUUUUGACCCGGAGCGGAUCCGGACCGAUGAGCAGCAGCUGGUGGAAGCAUUUGAAGAAAUGAUCAGAAACCUUUUCUCCCUGCCCAUCGACGUCCCAUUCAGUGGGUUGUACAGGGGUCUGAGGGCCAGAAAUUUCAUCCACUCAAAGAUUGAAGAGAACAUCAAAAUGAAGGUGGAGGAGUCAAACAAAGGGUCAAAACACACAGAUGCCCUGCAGCAGCUCAUAGACAGCAGCGAGAAGAAUGGAGAGCCCUUCAGUAUGCAGGCCAUCAAGGAAUCUGCUACAGAGCUUUUGUUUGGCGGCCAUGAAACCACGGCCAGCACAGCCACGUCCCUCAUCAUGUUUCUGGGCCUGAACCCAGAAGCUGUGAACAAACUGAGGCAGGAGUUAUGGGACAAAGGGGAGAGUGGGAUGGACCUCCAGAGUCUGAACAUUGAAUCUUUGGAGAAGCUCAAAUACACAAGUUGUGUGAUCAAAGAAACGCUGAGGAUCAACCCACCUGUCCCUGGAGGCUUCAGAGUGGCUCUCAAAACAUUUGAACUGAAUGGCUACCAGAUUCCUAAAGGCUGGAACGUUAUCUACAGCAUCUGUGACACUCAUGAUGUUGCUGAGAUUUUCCCCAACAAAGACGACUUUCAGCCUGAGCGCUUCCUGACCGAACCCUCUGCAGACUCCUCCAGGUUCCAGUACGUACCAUUUGGUGGAGGUUCUCGAAUGUGUGUGGGAAAGGAAUUCGCUAAGGUUCUACUGAAGAUCUUCUUGGUAGAAGUGGUCACAAAGUGUGACUGGACCCUCUUAAACGGACCCCCUACCAUGAAAACUGGACCCACCGUCUAUCCUGUGGACAACUUGCCAACCAAAUUCAGCAGCUACAUGAAAAAUCCUUAGAGGUUCUGGACAUUAGUAGUUCUGUAAAUCUGAACAUGGUUUCCUGAUGGGCAGUCCCUGUCUGCUGUCUUUUUGAACAUAUUGUAUAUUCAUGUAUUUUUUAUGACUGUGUAAAUAUAUCUAUAGGUAUAUUCACCUAAUUUGAGAACUAAACAAAAAGCACUAUAGGGUUACAUAAACACUUAAUCAUAUCAGUGGUUUAUCUGUAGGAUUUUUAUACAUACAUAAUUUAGCAUGUUGAUAUACAUUUUGUGUCUUGGCUCAAGGUAUUUAUGCAACUUGUCUGCUUUUGAAUGAGAUUUUUAUUUAAAUAAAACGGUGUGUGCUAAUUCAGGUCCGUCCA